CCCGUGCUGCACUGCGGCCUUUCUCUUUCUCUUCCGGCCCCAGGCGCUUCGGGAGCCGCGGGUUACCUUCAGGGUGACAGAUGGCCCAGUCUGGGGAACCCCGGCCCUGAUCUCAUGUCUCUCCUGCAGGUUCCGACAUGGCCAAGUCCAAGAACCACACCACACACAACCAGUCUCGAAAAUGGCACAGAAAUGGUAUCAAGAAACCCCGGUCACAAAGAUACGAGUCUCUUAAGGGGGUGGACCCCAAGUUCCUGAGGAACAUGCGCUUUGCCAAGAAGCACAACAAGAAAGGCCUGAAGAAGAUGCAGGCCAACAACGCAAAGGCAGUGAGUGCGCGUGCAGAGGCCAUCAAGGCCCUUGUGAAGCCCAAGGCGGUUAAGCCCAAGAUGCCAAAGGGCCCCAGCCGCAAGCUCAGCCGUCUCGCGUUCAUUGCUCACCCCAAGCUCGGGAAGCGGAUUAGAAGCUACAUGGCCAAGGGUCGUAGGCUCUGCCAGCCAAAGCCCAAGGCUCAAACCAAGGCAGAGGCCUCAGCUCCAGCUCAGGCUCCCAAAGGUGCCCAGGCCCCUGUGAAGGCCCCAUAGAAAAGGUCUCUGUCGGCCAGACAGAUGGACUGGUGUGACACACCUACACACUAUUUGCAGAUGAUCAGGACCCCAUGCUGUUUUUACAAAUAAACUUGAGGCAGGAUCUGUUAA